UUUGUAUUGAUUGUAUUUGCCUUGUAAAAAUACCUUUUCUGGAGGCAUCUGGCGCUACUCGGUAUGGUACGCGGUCGCAAUGGAAACCCUGCCAAUAGGUUGGACUGUGCACACCUGUGACCAGGAGGGAGACGGGACGGGACUGUUGGUGAAGGGGGGAAUCGCAGACAUUAACACAAACACUGUCCACGAUCUGUUUCAUGAAGAUGCACAGGGCUUCCAGCAGUCUAGCCAGCCGUGGUGGAGGAUCAAAGUGUUUGUGUGGGAGCCCGUGCUCUUCGGUACCUGGGAUGGGGUUUUUACCACCUGCAUGAUCAACAUCUUCGGUGUGGUGCUAUUCCUACGUACCGGCUACCUGGUGGGAAACACGGGUGUGCUGCUCGGGAUGCUCCUGGUCUCCUUGGUCGUGCUGGUUGCUCUAGUGACGGUGAUGUCGGGGAUCGGAGUAUGUGAGCACUGUGGUGUUGGGGGUGGAGGAGUCUACUCCAUGAUCUCCACCGUCCUGGGUGGCAGAGUGGGGGGCACUGUGGGCCUCCUUUAUGUGUUCGGACAGUGCGUAGCUGGGGCCAUGUACAUCACAGGUUUCUCUGAGUCUGUGGCAGAACUGCUGGGUCUACAGAGCCAAUGGGCGGUGCGUGGCAUGUCAGCGGCGGUGCUGCUGGCUCUGCUCGGAAUCAACCUGGCCGGUGUCAAGUGGAUCGUCCGACUCCAGCUGCUGCUGCUGGCUGUGCUGGCCGUCUCCACACUGGACUUUGUCGUCGGGACCUUCACGCACCUUGACCCAGAGCAUGGUUUCAUUGGUUAUUCAUCCGGGCUGCUCAGCAGUAACACAAUGCCAGAUUACACACCGGGAGAAACCUUCUUCACCGUCUUUGGGGUCUUCUUCCCUGCUGCUACAGGGGUUAUGGCAGGCUUCAACAUGAGCUCAGACCUUCAGCGGCCUGAACACAACGUCCCUGUGGGAACGCUGGCAGCUGUCUUCACCUCGUGGUUCCUGUAUCUGGUCUUUGUCUUCCUCCUGGGGGCCAUCUGCACCAGAGAAGCUCUGCGCUAUGACUUCUUGAUAGCAGAAAAGGUCUCCUUGGUGGGCUUCCUCUUUCUGCUGGGCCUCUACAUCUCCUCCCUGGCUUCGUGCAUGGGCGGCCUGUACGGAGCACCCAGGAUCCUCCAGUGCAUCGCCCAAGAGAGGGUCAUUCCUGCUCUGGCCUUCCUGGGAAGAGGGAAAGGCCCAAACAGGACUCCAGUGGCAGCUAUCUGCCUGACCAGCCUGCUGACCAUGGCCUUCAUUUUCAUCGGUCAGGUCAACGUGCUUGCCCCCAUCGUCACCAUCAACUUCAUGCUCACCUACAGCUUCAUCGACUACUCCUACUUCUGUGUGGCCAAGACUUUCCAGAUGCAGAUUAAAGAGAAGAGGGACACCCCUGUCCCGGCCACAAGAAACCAGUGUAGGUCAACUAGGCACAGCUCUAGGCCUCUGAUCGAGGACACUCUCCCAAACUAUGGGAGUGGAGGCGAGAGUCGGCAGGGUAAGGGCACUCUGUUGGAGUUCACCAAGGACAUGGACCGGAUCUUUCCCCACAUGCCAAAUGGGGCUGAGAAAACUACGUCCCUGCGAGAGCUGAGCAGUAGAUGCAAGAGCACAAUGGUAAAUGUUACUACUAAGCAGAAACUGAUGGACAGCUUUUGCUUGGACCCAAACAGCAAUAUGUUCUCAGAAGAGAAAGCAGAGGAGAUUAGCUCAGCUCCACCACAUGAGGAAGCUCAGAAGCAGUGUGGAGGCGGGGAACCCAGGGCUGGUGAAGAACUACAAAUGGAUCACCCUUCAAAAAUCUGCCUUGCUGAGCAGCCUUCAUCUGCUGACCUUCACACUCACAGCGCAGGUGCUGGAGGUAAAGCGGAGCACCAGAGUGUUGAAAUCACACCCAUGCAGGAUUCAUUCUAUGCAAAGUUCUGCAACCACUGGGUUGCUCUUAUCGGGGCAUUGAGCUCCAUAUUGAUUAUGUUUGUUAUUGAGUGGGUUUAUGCCUUAGCAAACAUAGUCGUUGCCUUGCUGCUCUUCUUCUACAUCGGAAAAACAAGUCCUGGACUACCUACAGGUAUUGCAGCUCGAUUCAGCUUUUUCGCAUGGCUCAAAUCAACAGUGAAUAGCAUUUGCAGGAGGAAAGGCUCUCCUCGGGAUGAGAUCGUAGUCACACCCUCUCUGUCCAGCGUCGGCCUGAAAACCAAGCAGCUGACAGAGGAUAAUGCUGACUUUGCCUCUCGUCACCGCUAUCACCAAUCCUCAUUUAUCAGGGCCAACAACAUGGUGCAGCCACCACACCAGUGACUCCUGUUACAAGUCAUUGUCCUCAGCCUGAAACCACAUUUUCUGCCUCAAAAUGUGUCUCCUGUUGCCUUUUGGGCCACAUUCUACACAUACAAAAUACAAAUUGUAUUUAACAGACAUUCAUACAUUUAGUGGCUCAAAUCAUUUCCCUGCGAUAGAUGGAUAAGUGUGUGUGUGUGUGUGUGUGUGCUAUUCGUGGACUGGUGGUAGCUGGUUGUCAGAUUACUGUACUGCUGAGACACUUCCAAUAAGUCUAGCCACCACGGUGAUUGGCUUAAAUAUCCCGUGUAAAUGUGACACAAAUGUUUAAUUAAAAUAUGUUAGUUUACUUGUGCAUGUAUAGAGUUAAUUGUUCAUUGUCUUUUAUUUAGUUUGCUGUCACAUUGAAGUGGUGGUCUAAGUCUUAUUGCAGACAUACAAUAAUUUAGACAUUACAAAGAAAGACAAAAUUGUAAUUUUCAUUACUGGCAUCUGACUCAAAAACCCAAAUGCAGUGAAAAUAAGCCUCAGAUGACAAUUUACACGUCACUUCACUUCUUUAAACAUAAAAACCAAGAUAAGCAGGUAAAAUAAGCUGGUAUAACAACUGUGAACAGUAUCUUACAUAAAUUAUGAAGGAAUAGCCAUUCAAUGUAGUUGAGGAUACAUCAACAGUUUACUCCCGAGUUUCCUCCACAACAGCUACACAAUUUAACAGAUGUUGAAGUUGUUUUUAAAUAAAAGAUGACCAAUCAGUCAGUGUUUAAACGCUGGAACACAGUGCCAAAGAUUCUUCAAAUGUGAUGAAAAUCAGACCAGCGGCGAUGACAAUGACAUCGGAAGGGAUGCUUUAAAUUGGGUUAAAUCAAAACAAAAAUGUGAUAUUACAUGUCUUUGAAUGGAUCAAAAGUUUCUACGUGAAUGUUAACCAUUCAUCACAUAGCCACUUUGUGGCUCAUUGUCACUUCAAUCCAGCACUUGUAAAGAAAAUAUUUUUUGAUUUGAAGACAGCGAUGGAUUUGUUUUAAAAUACAUACUGAAUAUAUUUCAGGUCAUUUUAUCUGGGUGACAGUGUGCAUCGCAAGGUUUCAAAGGAGUCACUGUUCUAACAGCUCAGCAGUAUAGGUGUAAAAACCACUUCCUCUUAGUGUUGUCUGAGCUGCAACCCGCCAACAGGCUUGCAAUCAUCUGUAAAGAUACUGGUACACUGGUUUCUCAUCAUGAGCUGGUCUUUGGAUGACUCCAUCAGUACUAACAAAAUGGUUUGGAGAUAUGAUGGUUGUGAGCAGUGGAGCUAUUGAUCUGCUUAUUAACACAUAGUCACUUUAAUAUCUGAAUUUUAGUUGAUGAUAGCUUGAAAUGUCAGUAGUGUUAAUAAAAUACACCUUUGAGUUAGGCCUGAACAACAUGGAUAGAGAGAAAAGCAACGGCAAAUGUAAAAAAAAUAUCUUUAAAUUACUGGUAUUUGUAUUCCAGUAAUUUAAUGCACUUUCACUAGCCAUUUGUUUUGGGUUUCUGCACUAACUACCUCUCUCUAUAAAAAAACUUACACAAUUUAUCUGUAACACUAUUUUGCCUUGAAAGGUUUGCUUGAAGGUUUGUCUUUUGGAAUAAACAUGUGCUAUAUAA